AUGCCUAAUCAAGCUGGGCAAAAUCCUGGGCCUAACAUGCCUGGACCUGCCAACAACAUGAGGACUCCCAACAAUAUGGGCCCCCCGCCCCCCAACGCAGGUCCAAUGCCUCCCCACAACAACAUGGGUCCAAACUACAGUAAUCUGCAGCAGCCGAACAACUGGAGUGGCGGGCAGCCCAACAACAAUAGCAAUCAGAUGUCGCCGCCACUGCCUAACUACAAUAAGAUGCCCCCAGCAACAUGA